AUGCCCAUGCUCAAGAGCCCCUCGGCCAAGUAUGAUACUUUCAGGCCCAUCAAGCUUCCAGAUCGUCAGUGGCCAUCCCAGAGCAUUACAGAAGCACCGACAUGGCUUGCCACGGACUUGAGAGAUGGAAACCAAAGCCUCGAGCACCCCAUGACGAUAAACCAGAAAUGGAAAUACUUUCAGAUGCUCGUCCGUAUCGGCUUCAAGGAGAUCGAUGUCUCCUUCCCCAGCGCGUCCGACACCGAGUUCGACUUUACGCGCCGGAUCGUCGAGACACCAAACAUGGCACUAGACGACGUGUGGCUUCAGGUGCUCUCCCCUUGCAAGAAGGAGCAUAUCCGCCGGACGGUAGAUAGCGUGACCGGCGCCAAAAAAGCCAUCCUCAGCCUGUACAUCGCCGCCAGUGACAACUUCCUCGAGACCAUCUUCGGAAUGUCCCAGCAACAGGUGCUCGAGCAGGCCGUCGAGUGCGUCGCCUACGCCCGCUCCAUCACCAAAGACGACCCGCAACAGCAACACACCAGAUGGAAGCUCAUGUUCAGCCCGGAAGCCUUCUCGGACACGGACCUCACAUACAGCACCCGGCUGUGCGAAGCAGUGAAGGAAGCCUGGGGUCCCACCGAAGAAGACCCAAUCAUCCUGAACCUGCCCGCCACAGUCGAGAUGGCCAGCCCCAACGUCUUCGCCGACCAAGUCGAGCUCUUCUGCCGCUCGAUCCCGGCGUCGGAACGAAGCAAGGUCGUCGUCUCGCUGCACCCGCACAACGACCGGGGCUGCGCCGUGGCCGCGUCGGAGCUGGGCAUCAUGGCGGGCGCGCGGCGGGUCGAGGGCUGCCUCUUCGGCAACGGCGAGCGGACGGGCAACGUCGACCUCGUCACCCUGGCCCUGAACCUGUACACGCAGGGCAUCGACCCGGGCAUCGACCUGUCGGACCUCAAGUCCAUCAAGGCCGUGUUCGAGGAGUGCACGCAGCUGCGCAUCCCCACCCGCAUGCCGUACUCGGGCGACGCCGUCUUCAUCGCGUACAGCGGCUCCCACCAGGACGCCAUCAGCAAGGCCUUCAACAAGAUGAAGAAGAACGGCGGCUCGCCGCGCUGGAAGGUGCCCUACCUCGCCAUCGACCCCAAGGACAUCGGCGCCAGCUACGAGUCCGUCAUCCGCGUCAACUCGCAGAGCGGCAAGGGCGGCGUCGCCUGGACGCUGAGUCGCCACUUGCAGAUCGACAUCGACCUGCCCAAGGGCCUGCAGCUCGCCUUCUCCAAGACGGCCAAGUCGCUGUCCGAGACCCUUGCCCGCACCCUCAGCCCCUCGGAGAUUUCCGACCUUUUCCUGCAGACGUAUCAUGUGCUCUCCAAGGAUCCGCGCAUCUGCAGCGCGGGUGUGGCGAAUGCCCCGGCUGGGAAAACGGUCGAGGCGGCUGUCUUUAUUAACGGCAAGAUGCAUCGGCUCUUGGGCAGUGGGAAAGAUGUGCUUGAGGCUGUUGAGAACGCUUUCGCGAAUGGUGUUGGAGGCGGUGCGAUGCGCUUCGAGCUGCACCACCGCACUCUCGUUGCUGGAAAUGGCGCUAUUCGUGGCAUCGCCAUCGUUGAGUGUGUGGCUGGAACCGAGAAGAGCUCAUGGGGGGCCAAUAUAUCGGACAAGGCCGAUGAGAGGUACUUGUUGGCUUGCUUGGGCGCCGCUCUGGGGAUGGUGAGUAAGCCGCUUGUGAACCAGAAGGUUACAGACAUUAUUGGGCGGGAUUUGGGUCUGUUGAAUGGUCUGCGCCGCGCCAAAGAGAUGCAGAUGUUGACUUCAAGUGAAGCUUAG